UACAUCUACUUCCGAAUUAUUCAUGCUUCUUGCUAAUGGAUCUCCGUUGUCGAUCCGAUGUUUAUCACUGCCCUAAACGAGGGGAGAUCAUCAGCUGCCAAAAAGUUCCUGACACCACAGCACCUCCAAGCUAACCAAGUUCUAAUUACUUGUGUUUUAGAAGGCCACUGGACAUUGAUCGUGCUUGACGUUGCCGGCAAGACUAUGACGUUAGUUGACUCCGGAAAUGCUAGACAUAAUGGCUUGACCUUGGUGAGUCAUUUUUUUGAGUCCAUGGACGAAAUGCCUCACAGUUGGACUUCACAACAUAGCAAGGAGGUGGCCAAGCAGACAAAUGGUUACGACUGUGAAGUCCAUAUGUGCCAAAAUGCUGCGGAUGUUGCGUAUGCCUUGACGUUUUCAUUUUCUCCGAACAAAGUUCAUGCCAUCCGGAAGGCGAUGACAUUUGAGAUACUUACUGGAGCAUUGAUGCCCAGAGAAUAAUGCGAACAGUUUUGUAGAUCACGCACUGUUUUGACCAUAGAUCAAGUGAUGACAUAUAUUUGUUCAAACUGAUUGAGAAAUUUUGAUGCAUGCUUAAAAAGCAUCAAUAUUAUUUGUGGAUCA